AUGAAACUCCCCUAUUACCAACGCACUCUUCGUCGAGUGAUAGCUCGAAAUCGCCUUGUUCGAUCUUUACUUAUAUUUUUCAUCGUUUGGAAUCUCCUCGAACUUCACCUGAUCCUCCGCCGUAUAUCCGAAACAGACAUCAUCUACCGCGAAAAGCCGCGUCGGCGGGAACGAAUCUAUAUCGCGAGUGUGAAUUGGAACAAUGAGAUCAUUUUACGGAGUCACUGGAGUAGAGCUCUUGUGGAACUUUCCUCGAAACUCGGCCCGGAGAACAUCUUUAUCAGCAUCUAUGAGAGCGGCAGCUAUGACAAUACCAAGGGCGCCUUGAUGGAAUUAGAUUUGGAAUUGGAUCGACUUCGAGUGCCGCAUAAUAUCACCUUGUCCCCCAUCACACAUGAAGACGAGAUAGCCAGACCCCCAGGAGACGACGGGUGGAUUGUCACUCCACGUGGAACCACGGAGCUACGACGAAUCCCGUACCUAUCGCGAAUCCGAAACCUCAGUCUGGAGCCGUUGAAAGAGUUAGCAAAACAAGGAAUCACAUUCGAUAAAAUCCUAUUUCUAAAUGAUGUUGUGUUUACGUCCAACGAUAUUUUUGAACUUCUAGAUACCAAUGACGGAGAUUAUGCAGCUGCCUGCUCAUUGGAUUUUGCAAAGCCUCCCAACUAUUAUGAUACAUUUGCUCUUCGAGAUGCGGAUGGCCAUGAAGCCAUUAUGUCGACCUGGCCCUUCUUUCGGAACUCUGCAUCACGAUAUGCCAUGAAGAACCUAUUACCCGUCCCAGUGGCAAGCUGCUGGAAUGGCAUUGUUGCCAUGCCAGCUGCUCCUUUUAUUGCGAGCCCACCACUCCGGUUUCGCGGAAUCCCGGAUUCACUCGCCACGUCCCAUGUAGAGGGUUCUGAAUGCUGCUUGAUUCACGCAGAUAACCCAUUGACGGAACAGCAUGGCGUGUAUCUCAACCCGCUGGUACGAGUUGGAUACAGUGGUCCUGCGUAUGUUGCUGUCAAUCCUAAUUUGAAUUGGCUAUCUGCGAGGUCAAUCUUACAGGGCCUCUGGGUGAACCGGAUAAGACGAUGGACUACCUCCCCGUGGAUAAAGGAGAUGAUAGUGCGAAGUCGUGUUGCACGCUGGGUCAAGUUAUCUCCCGAAAAUGAAGAACCAGGGCAAUUCUGCAUCAUCAAUGAGAUGCAAGUCCUCCAUCCUUGGGGAUGGGAUCAUGUCUAA